CACAGGGCUUUGUCCGCUCCAUCGAGAACAUACGAUGCGUCAUAGUCGUUUAUUCGCGGUAUAGAAUAUCUCCCUAUCUACCCGAUACGGAAAUAUCGAUAAGAUAAUCGAUCGUGAACGUAGCUCACGUCAAGGUGUUGUUACGCUUUAUUGGUAGCAGUGUGCACACCCUAUCGAACGAUGGACGGGAACUCGAGGAUGUCGAAAAACGAAAAGGGAGAAGAGAAUAAAGAUCGAAAUUCCGGGCGUUGUCCAGAAACGAGGGAGCUGGUUAAAACGGAGGAGAAGGAGGAAGUGGAGGAGAUAGAGGAGGAGAGUGUUUCCGUGGCACAAUGUAUCCCUUCGUCGAGCGAAACCCAGCAGAGCGACAUGGAUGGAUGGCCGUUCGGAAAAGCAAAAGAUACGAACGACGGAAUAACGUCCCAAAAAAUUGUCAGGAUUGAUAUCGAUCCAAAUGCAGAAAAUUACAAUAUGUAUCACAAGAGAAGGGGCGUUGCCUUGAUCUUCAACAACAUUUCUUUCACCAAUCGGAUGACAGUUAGACAAGGCUCCGAAAAAGAUUGCAACGAUUUAACUAAGUCGUUGAAGAAUCUAGAUUUCGAGGUCCGAAUAUACAAAGAUCCAACUCUGAAAACGAUUUCUACUAUUCUACAAGAGACCGCUGCGGAAGACCACACGGAUGCCGACUGCCUGAUCGUAACGGUCAUGUCGCACGGAGAAUCUACUUUGUUACAUUCGGCGGACAGUCUCUAUUCCGCCGAUAUGCUCUGGACACCCUUCACUGCUGAUCAAUGUCCUACUCUAGCCGGGAAACCGAAAUUAUUCUUCAUCCAGGCUUGCCGUGGUAAUCAGUUAGACCAUGGAGUUACAGUCCUUCAAGGUGGAGACGUUACGGAUAGUAGAACAGAUUUCUACACCAUCCCAGUGUUCUCUGAUAUCAUGGUGGCUUACUCAACUCUGAGCGGUUUCUAUUCCUGGCGCAAUCCAGAUAACGGUUCCUGGUUCAUACAAGCCAUUUGCGAGGAAUUCAAUAUCCAUGGCCGAACUCUUGAUCUACUCACUCUGAUGACUUUCGUCAAUCGACGAGUUGCCAUUAACUAUCAAUCCUUCGUACCUCACCGAAAGAGUUUCCACCAGAAGAAACAAAUACCAACUAUAGUCAGUAUGUUGACUCGGAUAGUGUACUUUCCUAAAAAGAGUAUUUUACGUUCGAAAUCAGUGUUACACUCGUCUACCGAAGAAAACAAAACAUCCAAUAUCAAGAACAAUGCUUAUGGGGCUACGCCAUGCUGACAUCGUCGAGAUUACAAUCUUCGAAGUUGCAUAGAUGACUUAGUCUCUUAUUUUCUUUCCUUGUUUUCUUCUGCAACUACUAUACGCACGAUUUAUCUAUGUCGCUUUUUGUCUUUAUGUAUACAUAGAUAUAUAUGUAUAUCAUGCUGGAAUCUUAGUUUUUAAAAAUAAAAAAGAAAAGUAAAAAUAAAAUUAUAUAUACACAUGUAUAUAUACAUGUAUAUACUAAUUGAUAUAAAUAAUAUAAUAAUAUAAAUAAUAAUAUAAAUAUAAUAUAAUAUAAUAUAAAGUAAUAUAUAACAAUACGAUAAUAUGAUAAGUUUAUAUAAUAAUAUAAAAUAAUAAUAUAAAUAAAUAUAAAUAAUAUAUAAAUAAUAUAAAUAAUAUAAGUAAAAUUAUAUAUAUUUCACGCUCGUCUUUCUUAGCUUUUAAAAUUAAAAAAGAAAAGAAAAAAGAAACAGAAAAGAAAUUAUAUACAUAUAACUUUUCUUUAAAAUUAUAUAUAUACAUAUAUAUCUGCUCAAAUAUUUGUUAAAAUUUUUACUUUACGAGAAUAAAAACAAAAAAAAAAAGAAAAGAAAGAAGAAACAACAAACGAAACCAAAAAUAAAAUCAUCCAAAUUCCUAUAUUGUGUCAUUGAAUUAUUUUAAUACCACUAUUUAAAGUAAAUUGAUUCUCGUUGACUGUUUGCAGUAACUUUAGAUACACGAAGCAAAGAGGAUCGUUCAAUGAAGACAUAGAUAGAGAAACAGAGAUAGAGAGAUAGAGAAAGAGAGAGGGAGAGAGGGAGAGAGGGAGAGAGAGA